AUGAUGGUCCCGCGAGUGUUCGCAGCUCAAUCACCCCCACGCUUUGGCUCCUCGCGAGUAUACGAUGAGAAGAAGUCGACAGCCAUCAGCGAAAGAUCGAUAUCCGAACGCACAUCACGCUCGCCCUCACCUUCGAGAACGACCAAGACAUCACCGCGGCCACCAGACAAUGCCUUAUCAGUACGAGAAAAGAAGAAUAGACUUCAGCUGAACUCUGACAGCCCUCCCCCGCAGCGCCCGCUGCAGACUCCUGUGCAGAAACUACCAAAGAGGGACACCGCGCAGGAUAUACUCUCAGCUACAGCGAUUCCGAUAAGACGAAAGCCAAAAAGACGAGCGGUACAGCGGUUGCCAGACGGUGAUCAUGUCGCUAAUUUCAGCUCAUGGUUGCAGGAGGAUUUGAAGUUCAGCGGAACUACUCUUUCUAGCAGUUAUGGUGGUCAGUUCGACGGGCUUUUCGGUAGUAUCGAUGGCUGCAUGGAUGAGCACAUGUUUGUCGGAAGUGAGGGACUGGAUGCUGGCAUUCUGAGGACGAGGUCCAUUUCAACCGAGUCGAUGCCGUCGUUGGCUUCGCCACAUGAGUCGAGCAUCGUUGACAGCAAUGCCUCGCCUUCGCCUUUUGAUUCACGGUCGCGAUCUCCGUCAUACCGCAAGAUUAGGCAACUUGCAAGCUCGGAGGACUGUGUGUCGCAGCACCCGCUGAUGAUUGAUGAAGAGGAGGAAGACGAUGCCGAUAUGACGCCGGAAUUGAUUCUGUCGCCAACUCCCAAGAAGGCACGAGCAGAGCAGUCAAGACGGGCGUCUACCUUCAAAUCAACACUUACAGCCUCUCUUCGUGCCAUCAAGUCAGCUGCGCAAUCAGUAUCGAAUUAUGCAACGCCCUUCAAUGAGGCAGACAUGUUCAGCACGCCAUUCGACAUCCGGCCGUCCUUGACAGACGACCGUCGGCCACCGCCGGACGCCGGCCCACCCUCGCCGGCACUCCGACGCUACCUGAACCCGAAUCGAUCUGCACCACCAGACUCGCCAGCUCAAUUACACUUCUGGACCGAGCAUCGUGGUUCUAGCCCUGCGCACAAUGCACCAAGACCGAAACUUCCACGCCGACAGAAAUCGCCUUCUGACGAACCAGAUACUUCCAAGCGAGCUGUUGCAGCGGCUACUACGUCUACCAACCAAAUCGCGGAUACUUCACAUCUCCACGCGUAG